AUGGCCGCCCAAACGGAUAGGCAUCCCAGCCCUAGCCACUAUGACAUCGUCAUUGUUGGCGCCGGCCCUGUCGGCUUGAUGUUGUCGACCUGCCUGGCAAGAUGGGGCUACAAGAUCAAGCACAUCGACAACCGGGCGGAACCCACGCCCACCGGCCGAGCUGACGGCAUCCAGCCCCGCUCGCUCGACCUGCUCCGGAACAUGGGGCUCAAAUCCGCCAUCAUGGCCCAUAAACCCGCCCGGGUCUACGAGGUCGCAUUCUGGGACCCGCCAACUACCGGCAAGGGCAUCGUCCGGACCGGAACUUGGGCGAGCUGCCCCAGCUUUAUCGACGCCAGGUAUCCCUUCACAACACUUCUUCACCAGGGCCUAAUCGAGCGCGUGUUCAUCGGCGACCUCGAAAAGAACGACGUCAAGAUUCAGCGGCCGUGGACCAUCAAGGGCUUCACUUCCAACGAGAAAGAGGACCCCGAGUACCCCGUCACCGUUGAUCUAGAGCACGUCGAUGGAACUGGCAAGGAAACCGUCAAGGCAAAGUACCUAUUUGGUGGCGAGGGCGCGCGUUCGUUUAUCCGUGACCAGUUGAAGAUUGGCAUCAAGCACAAAGACCCCAUUGCUUAUGUGUGGGGUGUAAUGGACGGCGUUGUCAAAACAGACUUCCCCGAUAUCAAGAUGAAAUGCACAAUCCACUCCGAGAACGGCUCCAUCAUGGUUAUUCCCCGCGAGAACAACAUGGUCCGCCUCUACAUCCAAAUCGCCUCCUCCACAGACCCCGAUUUCCACCCCCGGAAGACCGCGACCGCCGAGGAAGUACAGGCGUCCGCAAAGCGGAUCAUGCAGCCCUACUCGAUCGAAUGGGAGAGGGUAGAAUGGUACUCCGUUUACCCCAUUGGCCAGGGCAUCUCUGACAAGUACACCCUGGACCACCGCGUGUUUCUCGGUGGCGAUGCCUGCCACACCCAUAGCCCUAAAGCCGGUCAGGGCAUGAACACUGCGUUUUUGGACGCGCAGAACCUGGCGUGGAAGAUCCACGCUGUCGAGGCCGGGUUUGCCGACCGCAGCCUGUUAGAGACAUACGAACCCGAGCGCAAGAACGUGGCCGAGACCCUCCUAAACUUCGACAACAAAUACGCCAAGCUCUUCUCGCAACGCCCGCCCGCCGCCGUCGAAGUCGCCGCAGCCUCCGCCCAGGCCACCAACAGCGCCCAGUCAGGAAACGAGUUCAUCAACACCUUCAAAGAAUCCUGCGAAUUCACCAGCGGCUACGGCGUCUUCUACAAAGCCAACGCCCUCAACUGGUCCCCCUCCCACCCGGCCCAAUCCCACGUCAUGCACCCCAAAACCACCAAGCUCGUCCCCGGCCGCCUCCUCAUAAACGCCGACGUGACCCGCGUCGUCGACGCCAACGUCGUCCACCUCGAGCAAGAAAUCCCCCUCAACGGCUCCUUCCGCCUCUUCAUCUUCGCCGGCAAGCCCGCCACCACCGCCGCCGCCCUCCGCGACCUGGCCGCCAACCUCGCCAAGAAAAACUCCUUCUACACCACCUAUGCGCGCCGCGACCGCGCCCUCGUCAGCCACCACGAGCGCCACAACCCGCACUCGCACUUCUUCACCGUCGCCACCGUCUUCGCCGCGCCCCGCCCGGACAUCGAGAUCGACCGCGACCUGCCCCCGCUGCUGGCCCGCUACCGCGACCACGUCUACGCCGACGACCGCUGGGACCGCCGCGUGCCAGAUGCGACUGCCUGCGCGCACGCCAAGAUGGGGCUGGACCAGGAGCGCGGCGGCGUCGUGGUCGUGCGUCCGGAUGGCUAUGUCGGCGUGGUGGUGGCGCUGGAGGAGGGCAGUGCCACCGUGGAUGCGCUCAAUCAGUACUUUGGCGCGUUCUGUACGAAGAAAUUGGGCGAGGCGCAGGCGCAACUUUGA